CUUCGCCAUCCUCAAAUUCUUCACAAACAUCAUUGCCAUCCCCUCGAAAAUCCCCUUUUCAUCAAAUACAUCGACUGGCAGUAAUGCAGAAUGAAGGGAGAGGGCCAGCUCACCGGCAAACUCGGGUUUGAGGCAUCUCCACCUUUUCUCCUCAGUCAAAGCUUAGCGUUCCCAGGCCUAAACUAACCGGGUAAAGAGGAUUGACUACUCGGACCGCUAAACUGGAGGAAGUGGAGGAACGGCGGUCUCCGUCUGGUCUCCGCUUAUCUCUCACUUUGCCUCUCUCUAUCUUCUCUCUCUCCCUCCCUCUCUCCUCAUCCGGCUCAAACCAGCCAAGAUGGCGAUCGCAUUUCUUCGACAGAGGCCUAGCCUCAGGUACAAUGCACCGAAUCGAAAACCCUGCAAGGGGGACGCGGACGCACCCGUGGAUCCAGGAGGGCGUCUUAUCACUACCAGGAACCUCAACCACGUCUUAUCAGUUAUCACACAAUCCCUGAGCUUAGCGUCCUUCCUAAAGUGUCGUUAGUCUGCGUCUUCUCCGGAAUGGAUCCCGCGCAAGCAAGAAGCUGUGAUCCAGUCAAGCUUUGCGCCGAGGUCAACCGGUAGCUUACCCUUCUUGUCCCGCCUUGGUGCUCCUCUUUCCACAACAGAUAUGAGAACCAUGACCAUUGGCCGUGGCCUCGCUCCAUGCGCACAGAAGGAGCCGGUCUUCCGUUAGGGCCGUUGCUGUAGAAGCUCCAACUUGUCAGGUUCCAACGGGUUAAUUUGGACGUCCCACCGGGAGAUUUGUUGUUGUUGUUGUUUUUGGUGUUGUUGCUUUUUCCAAAUUCCCCGCUGCAGGGUUCCCAUCGCUUAAACCUUCAUUCCGGUGAGGUGCCGCUGUUGCACAGCAAGGGUAGUCAAGGUCCCAAUAUAAAUACCUUCCCCCUGCCCGCGCAAAGUGACACGAGAAGAGCACAGAAGAUUGUUUCCCAUUUCCCUGUAAUCUGCCAGGAUGCUUUUCCGUUCCCUCCUGUCAACGGCUGUCAUAGCCCUUUCGCUAGGUGCAGACAAUGUCUCCGCUGCGAAACAUGGCCCUUUUGGAAGAAAGGCGCGCGACUCGCUGGCUAAGCGUAGUCCGCCGCCUGUUCACAAGCCAACAAACCAUUCCACCGAGGGUUUCAGAUUCCUGGAUCACAAAACAAAGCCUUACCGCGUGGAGAGCCUGCCCGACGUUCCGUUUGAUAUAGGCGAGAUGUAUUCUGGAUCAGUGCCGAUCGAGAAGGGCAACAGCUCGAAAUCCCUCUUCUUUAUAUUCCAGCCUAAGCUUGGGGAGCCGGUUGAUGAAAUCACUAUCUGGGUCAACGGAGGCCCGGGCUGUAGCUCCCUCGAGGGCUUUUUCCAGGAAAACGGUCGGUUUCUGUGGCAGCCGGGAACCUUUGCGCCGGUUGAGAAUCCUUAUUCCUGGGUGAACCUGACCAACGUGCUCUGGGUUGACCAGCCUGUUGGAACCGGCUUCGCCUUGGGAACUCCAACUGCAGUGUCGCAGGAGGAAACAGCCAAGGAUUUUAUUGACUUCUUCAAGAAUUUCCAGAAGCUUUUCGGAAUCAAGAACUUCAAGAUCUUCGUCACCGGUGAGAGUUACGCCGGACGUUACGUCCCAUACAUUUCCGCGGCAAUGCUGGACGAGGAGGACGAAGAGUACUAUGACCUGAAUGGAGCAUUGGUGUAUGAUCCCUGCAUUGGACAGCACGACUACGUGCAAGAAGAAGUGCCCGCAGUGCCAUUUGUUCAACAGAACGCCAACCUGUUCGGCUUCAACGCGAGCUUCAUGGAGGAAUUGGAGAGUCUCCAUAAGUCUUGCGGCUACGCGGACUACCUGGAUCAAUACCUGGUCUUCCCUCCUUCGGAAGUCCAGCCCCCGAAAUCAUUCAACUUCACAAGCGAGGCCGACUGCGACGUCUUCGAUAUGAUCAACAACGAAGCCAUGCAGUCCAACCCUUGCUUCGACGUCUACGAAAUCAACCUGAUGUGUCCCCUCCUCUGGGACAUCCUCGCCAUGCCCACCGCGCUAGACUACAAGCCCGACGGCGCGACCGUCUACUUCGACCGCGAUGAUGUCAAGAAAGCCCUCCACGCCCCGAACAUCACCUGGUCGGCCUGUUCGACCGAAAACGUCUUCGUUGGCGGCGACGCGGGCCCCGAAGGCGAGGGCGAUAUCUCCGCCAACCCGAUCGAACACGUUCUCCCGCAGGUCAUCGAGGCGACGAACCGGGUGCUCAUCAGCAACGGCGACUAUGACAUGAUCAUCCUAACCAACGGCACCCUGCUGGCCAUCCAGAACAUGACCUGGAACGGAGAAUUGGGCUUCCAAGAGGCCCCGAGCACUCCGAUCGACAUCACCCUGCCGGAUCUCCAGUACCGCGAUGUCAUGGAAGAGAACGGCAUCUCCACCUGGGACCAAGGCCAGGGUGUCAUGGGCAUCCAGCACUACGAGCGUGGCCUCAUGUGGGCGGAGACGUACCAGAGCGGACACAUGCAGCCCCAGUACCAGCCGAGAGUGACUUACCGUCAUCUUGAAUGGCUUCUGGGCCGGACUGAAUCGUUGUAAAUGCAAGGGGUAAAGGCAAACCCGCUUGAAUGCAUGAUCUGUACGGGGUACAAGUAUGUAUGUACACGAGGCAAGCGGUGCCGAAGCCCGAGACCACGGAAGGAGGAAAGAAAAAAAAAAAGAAAAAGCCAUGAGGGCAGAAACGACGGACGAACAUGUUGUACACAUUACCUAUCCUUUAGCAUAACGAAAUAUACGACCACACUCCUCCAGUAUCGGAACCAAAUAGUUAUCAUCCACCGACGACAGGAAUCCAUAACCCCAUUCGGGUCGAGAAAUCUGAUAUCAUAUUUUAACUCCUCUAGGUAAAAAAACUCAAACCCCAAUCUAAGAGAUUUAGAGGGCCGCCACAUCUUGUCUUGUAGGACCCGAGACGGGUGGCUGAGCUAGGAUGGGAAGCUCAUCAGCCUUAUCUGCC